AUGCCUACAAACGAUACUCCAAGCACAGAACGUUACGACGAUCAUUCAAAUAAUUUUGUAAUUUCUCCAGCAUCCAUUAAAUUAUUAUUAGGUAUAUUAUUGGAAGGUGCUGAUGGUAACACGGCAAAAGAAAUUCGCAUGGCUUUGAGACUACCAAAUGGUAAAAUUGAAUCUAGAAAAGAAUUCGAAACAUGGAUGUCAGCAUUAAAGAUGGUGGAUGAUCCAAACGAAUUGAAAUUAGCCAGCAGAAUAUUUUUAUCGAAUAAAUCAAAUGCAAAAUACGAAUAUAAAAACGCGUUGAAAAAAUAUUACAAAAGCGGUAUAGGAAAAGUUAAUUUUAAAGAAUCUAAAGAAGCAUCGAAUUACAUAAACGAUUGGAUAUCGAAACAAACUUCCGGUUUGAUAACUUCCGUCGUUGGAGAUGAUCAAAUCGAUUCAAAUACAAAAAUGAUAUUGACAAGCGGAAUUUAUUUCAAAGGUGUUUGGAUGAAUCCUUUUACCAGUGAAAAAACCAGUGUCAGAUGUUUUUAUCAAACUAAUGAUAAGUGUGUUAAAUCCAUGGCCAUGGCGGAAUCUGGAUAUUUUAAUUUAGGUUAUAUCGAUAGAAUUGAUGCUCAAGCUAUACAAUUGCCGUACCUGGGUGGUAAAUAUUUUAUGCUGAUAUUAUUACCCAGCGUAAGAAGUAACGUACAACAAUUAAGUAGAGAUCUUAUGCAUGUUAGUAUGACGUCAAUACUUUCAGAAAUGACGUCACAAGAAGUUUUCGUACAAAUUCCAAGAUUUAAAAUCUCGUACAAACAAGAUCUUACAAACGUAUUAAAAAAGCUUGAUAUGUAUAAUAUGUUUUCAAAAUCGGCAAAUUUUUCCAAUUUGCUUGAUUCUAAUUCCACGACAACAUUAGUCAGUCAUAUAUUUCACAGUGCAAAAAUUGAAGUUAGUGAAAAAGGAACGGUAGCUGCAGCAGCCUCUGGGGCAUUGUUCAUACCAUUGAUGGGCGGUCCGACAACGUCAUUUAUAGCCGAUCGUCCGUUUUUGUUUUACGUGAUGGAUACAACAAUUAACUCGAUAAUUUUUGCCGGUAAGUUGUCCGUGCCGGAGGCUGUUAAAACCCAAGAUACGCCAUCAACAACAUCUUCGAAACCAUUAUUUACGACGACAACUGCAAACAAAAACAAAGGUCAAAGCACGACUCAUUCUCCAUCGACUAUGAAAAAAGUAACUUCUGCACGUACUACAACAAAACUUUCAUCCAAAUCAACGGUUAAACAAACCACAUCGACGACAUCUUCAUCCUCUCGAGGUUCUACAUCCACUUCGAAACCUUAUAAAUCAUCUUUUAGUGAAGAUUUUGUUAAUUCACCUCCGGAGAAUUUAAAAUUGUUUCAACCAACGCGUCACACUUCUUCGACUCCAGGUCCUAAAUUUCGAUCCAUCAAAGGAGGAUUUUUCACACCUAAAAAUGUAAACGUUCCUAGUCCUUUACCUGAUAAUUUUAAAAGGACAUCAGAUUCAAAAAUUGGUACACAAAGUCUAGCAGAAGAGUCUACCGUGUUUCCUUCUUAUUCCUUCGAUUCACUUCAUCAGUCUUUUACUCAAAGACAAAGAAAUGUAAAACAUAAUCCGUCAAAUUCUGAUAAAGAUAAUUUAUCAUCUGAUUAUUGGCGGCACCAUGUUUUGUUGUUCACUUGA